GCCUCCGCGGAUAUCUUUGCUUCGGAACAAAACAAUUAGCAUUAGGCUCGGUCAACUGGAAUGUGUAUUAUCCAUAUGGGAGAUCUUCCAAUCGAGAAGAUCCAUCGAUCUGAGACGAAGAGAAAGGGCCCAUUUUCUUUACUUAUUCAGUUAAACCAAGGAUUCGUUAUGGAAACAGAUAGCAACAACCAUUUCAUCAGACAUGCGUAUUUUUGAUUAUCCGGUGGAUUUACACAGUUUCAUUAAUGCAAAUUGUUUGAUGUAGUUAGUACUCAGGUUAUUCGACGCUCAAGAAUUCUUAUUUAGGCAGUUCAUAUCAUCCCAUACAUAGUGUUUUGAUCUAAGAUUGCAAUUCUUCCAUGUUUCCGCAGUAGCAUAUUGUUCCAUGGAGCUAGGGUCCAAAAUAGGAAUCAACAAGUGUUUCCACGACUCUACCGCCCGGCCAAUCCUGUUCCACUGAAUCCCCUCCCUUUUUCAUGGCCACAUAUCUUUACGGCUAAGGAGUGGGAAAUCUUUCUCCUGUUACACAAAUGAAAUGUUUCAUUUCAUCCGGGAAAAGCCACCUCUUUCUCCACAAACAAUGUCUUUGUCAUUUGAUCCAGGAGCCUUCCGUUAGAUAGGAACAGCUUUGCUAAAUACUGAGAACUCUCGGAUAGAGUAUUAGAAUGAAAAGACCAUUAAUUAUAUAAGGAAGAGCCCAGGGUUCUAGCCCAUUCCCAUUCCUAAAUCAAUAAUUCGUAGUGCUUUUGCCUUUCUUGCGUACUCCUGGUGAACCAGUUGCUAGCCAUAUGUUUAGGAGGCUUUUUUCUCCAGGUACUGGUACUAAGCCGCUUUGCCAUCUCUUCAUCUUCAUCUGCAAAGAAUUCUCGAUGUGAAAACACAGAGACAAAGGCCUGAUCUUUGAAUAGGAAAAAGAAUGGAUCCGAAGGUCCCAAAUCAAUUGGCUUAUUCGAAAAAAGCCUUCUUCUUUGAAAGAUAUAUCUCGUGUCUGGUACUGCAUUGUUCCACUCUGCAAGAAGUCCGAAUCAGUCUCUUGCACCUCCCCCUUUUUAUGAUAAAUAUACCAGAAAUAAUUCGAAUAAAUAGCAGUCUCUGACAACUCAUCCUCUUUAAUCUGCUUGGACCCGCUCCAAUACCCAUAGGAAAAUCCCCAGUCAUAUUCAGCGUACCUGUCCCUGCAAUCAAAUAGAUUGUCCCAAGGGCCCCAUAUUCUAGGAGCCCAAGUUAUGCUAUUGAAAAUUCGUUCCUCUAGCAGUUCCGGUUUGACCAUUCCGUUCCCUUUUUCAAACUCCACUUCUUUUCAUAUAGCAUCCCUAAUCAAAGAGAGAACAAUAUCCAUUUCAAAACAUUUCUAACGGAUUCCUUGGUUCGGACCGACGAAGUAAUGGCACUCGAUUAUUAUCAACCCGACUGCAAUCUUUUUCUGUCGGUAAGGAUUGCACCAGAGCACCUUCUACUUCUAAUAGGCCAUGAACUAUAGAUAGAGAAGAAUCAUUCUGAGCGAGUCCAUAAGAAGCGACCCACUUUUUCAUCGGUUCCGGGGGAAGACCAAAGAUCUUGCGCGACCGGUCCGCCAGAAAAACUCAAAAGAGAAAGAAGUCUCGUUAAUCUCUUCAUGCUCGUUCCAAGUUCGAAGUACCGUUUGGCCAAAGAAAAAGCCGCUUCCUGACACGAUUGCCUCUUUAUAUAGAUAGAUAUAGGAUCUAUGGGGUUAUUACUUAGAAGUCUAUUUUGUACAAGAUCCCCUCCUAUCUGAUAGAAAAGGGUCCCAUGAUCCCGAGCCGGUCUUAUCUUGGCUCGCAAACCCCAAGUUUGUCUAUGAAGAGCUAAUCUAAUUGUAUUAGUUUCUAUAAUGGAUUUCUUAUGUGGAAUACUAAUGGAUAGGGCCUCGUUGCUAAGUGCUACAAGAUCUAGUGCACUGGAACUCGUGGUUAUGGACCCGAAUCCUUUAGUAUGGAACAUUGUCUUUUCCAAGUAAAAACCCCUAGUAUAUGAAAGAAUGAAAAGGUGCUUUCGUUCUUGUGGAAUAAGAAGCCCUCGUACCUUAAUGAAAGGAAAAUAGGAAUUUUUCGUUAGGUAUUUGACCAAAUAGGAUUGUCCAGUUCCUAUAGAACCUAUCACUAAAAUACCCGAUAGGGCUAAGCGGAACGAAAAGGGUUUUCCAUGAGAUGGUAAAUGAAAACGAUUAGCCCCACACGAGGUUUGGGAAUAAGUGAUUGUCUGAU